AGAGGGGAGAUUUUAGUUCAACCGGGCCUCCAGGAAGACAAGGGCCUUACGGGACACCUGGCAUACAAGGAGAGAAGGGUGAAAUGGGUGAACCAGGAGUAGAGGGAGAGAAGGGGAAGAUGGGACUAACAGGCCCUCCUGGAGGUCAGGGGUUGAAGGGGACACAAGGCCCUUUGGGAGAGCCAGGGAGCGAUGGCCUAAAAGGAGAACAGGGAGACAUUGGUCCUCAUGGGGGAUGGGGGAUCCCAGGUCUACCUGGACUGCCUGGUUUGUUUGGAGAAAAGGGUCUAAAAGGAUUUGCCGGAAAAUCAGGUCCUGUUGGAGUGAGAGGCCUGCCUGGCCCCCCUGGCCCCCCUGGCCCCCCUGGCCCCCCUGGAACCUCUCUGAAUCUUACUCUGGCACAGCUCAAGGACCUCAUGUACUUGUCAGACAAGCCCAACUACCUCCUGAUCCAGACUCUGCUGGAUUCAUUGCACCAGGACCUGCGCUUGUUCAUAGAUCCACCAGAUGGCACCAAAGAACACCCGGCUACCACCUGCUUGGAGCUCUGGCUGUCCCAGCCCAACUUCACUAACGGGAUGUUUUACAUUGAUCCUAACCAGGGAAGCCCAGCUGAUGCCCUCCUGGUCUACUGUGACUUUACUGCAGCACCAAAGACCUGUCUGUCUCCACUCCAUCCUCAGGUGCCAAUGAAGGCAUGGCUGAAGGAUUCUGGGACAAAUAACUCAUUUCAUUGGUUGAGUUCAAUGGAAAAAGGCUUUCAGUUUGAGUAUCCAGGACCGGAUGUGGUGCAGAUGAGGUUCCUUAGGUUAAACAGCAGGCUCACCAGUCAGAACAUUACCUACUCCUGCCAGCUUGGGAACAGACAGGGACCAGGGGAAAGAGAGGUGAAGUUCAUGGCAGACACACGAAGACAAAGUUACCUGGGGACAUUACGAGAUUGUGUGUCAUCUGAGGAGCUGGAUUCCGGAGACCGUCGUGAGUCAGGGUUUCAGUUUGAGAGUGAGGACCUCGAUCUGCUUCCCCUGAGAGAUCUGGCAGUGUUCGGAAGCAGUGACCUCACGCAGGAGUUUGGAUUCACUGUCGGGCCUGUGUGCUUCAGCUAAAGGAAGAGAGACACUCUCUCUAAGGACUGGCAAGAGCAAAGACAACAAUGAGACAACCACCAGACAACCUCCAGCUAGUGGGGAAAUUACUCAGAGAAACUGGAGAGAGACAGAGAAAGGCAGCAGCAUCUCUCCACUUCUCAUGACGGAGUUGUUUAUUGACAAAGUAGAAGUACCAACCAACAGGACAAAGUGUCUGUUUUCUCUCUCCAACGGUUAACCAGUUAACAAACAUGAACUGGUUGGUCUGUGGCCAGGGUUAUUCUUGAGAGAAAGUGUCUUUGUAUUUUGUGUACACUGAUUUCUUUUGUGAUAUUGAAACAUGCAUAUUUAUUUAAUUGGUUUAAAUGAUGCAGGUUCCCUUAAAUGUUUAAGGUGCUAUAAUUCUGUUUUCACAUACAUUCUUAUACUUAAUUCAGGUAUGUUCUUGACAAAGAGCACUGUGGUUUAUACAACCUUCACUGCUGCAACUUAACAAUGUGUCCCAAAUCUGUGCUCACUCUACCCUUACAUCCCCAGUUAGAAACUAUUGAUCCCUUGGUCAAAAAGUAGGAAGAUUAAUACAAUAAAGAUUAUUAGGAGCUAUGACAAUUAAAUCAUUGUAUUUGGUGAUAAUAUUUUAUGCAUUCUUGCAGCACAUGAUAGAUGCAGUAGCCUAACUACCAUUUGUGAAAUUGUGAUGUUUUGAUGUCUGUUGAUACAGAGUAACAAUGCAGUACUAUAAAACAUGUUGUCAAAGGUCAUUCAAGAAGACCAAAGAUUAUGUUUUCUGUAGAUUCUUUCUGUCUCCUGUGUUUUUACCUCACUGCACCUUAUUUGAUGUCCCUGCUAGAGGCUUAUCUUUGUCCCUCAAUGUACCACAUGAUUUUACACCCUGACCUGGCUUUCUUCUACCAUGAACCCCUACCUGAGAAGCUUUGACAAGGGUAAAAUGACUCCCUCAGUUCUGUGAAAAACAGUUCUGAUUCGAAUGGAAAUACUCCAGGAGGGACUUUAUGUGAUGGAUGCUCUUGAUAAUGUGCUUACGAUUGAUACUGGAUUGCAUGCAGCAGGCUAUGAACAUGGUAUGGAACUUCAAUGGCAGAGACAAAUGUAUCUUCAAAGUUUUGCUCAGUUUCAGCUUUGCUUAAAGAUGUGUUUGUAAUUGUGUGAUUUACUUAAUUUAUUUGCUGGCCAUUUUUCUUCAAGUGUUUUAAGUAUCCAUUCAAUGAUAUAUAUAUAUAUAUAUAUAUAUAUAUAUAAUUCAUAUUCUCUCAUGUUUUGUAAUAUGCACAUGAGAUACCAGUAAUUAUUUGGGGUUCAACUGAAAUUCAUGAAUAAAUGAAGGUAUUGUACUAAUUUAUUCAUAAUUCGUAUUGUCCCUCCCCCUCCCCCAAAAGCACCCAAACAAGUGGAAAAUAUACGCGAUUUUAUUUUCAUUCAAACUUAAAGCAAUUAGAAAGCGAUGUGAUUUCACUACAUUAGAUUAAUGAAAAUUAACUACCGAUGUAGCUAUGAUGUUUCAUGAAAAUAAUCGGGCGAAGUGUUGACAUGAGAGAAAGGCGAUAACUAAAAUAUAUCAUCCUCA